AUGUAUAUAUAUAUGUGUGUGUGUGUUCAACCUUUGUUGUCAUUUAUCUUAACUGUUGAAUGUCCACCAUAUAAUGGCUUAUGCAAGUGCCUCUUCACAGUUUCUUUCUUUUUUCUUAUAUUUGGAAGGAGAGAAGAAGGGGAGGGAGGGGGGACAAGGCUUUUUUUAAAAGAUUUUUUUAAAAAUUUUUAUUUUCACAGAUGGGGAGGGGAAUUUAUUAAAGUACUGGGGGCGACAUUAACUCCCAUAUGCAUUUCGUUUCAGCAGUAUGUGAGGGCCUGUUGCUCCCUCUUUCCUGCAAUUAUCGUCUAA